CGUUUAAAGCAGUAUCGGCAAUCGGUCCGGCCAGUCCGGCGCUACUCCGGUGCUUAUGGUGUAUUCGGUUCGUCGGUUAUUUUAAAACUUGGGUCUGUGUCGUGUGCGUUUCAAAGCGUAUACAGUGCGGCCUUCGAAUUUUUUCGUUGCGCACAACAAUUAUUUAGAACGGCGAUACAGUUGAGGACAGUUCCUGACGGCAGUGCGUAUAUCCGACGUUCUUCCUGCAAUAUCCUUUGCAUGUCUCUGUCGCUUCUCAGGUCGAACCUACCGCGGGUGUCCCGCUUGAAUAGAAAUGCCUUAAAACCGUUAUUUUGGCUGCAUGUACGCGAGAAGCAGGUUCUUUCGGACCCCGAAAACAUUGGACAGCGUCAGCAACACAUUAAUUUUGACACGCUAGGAACUUGGGACAACCGAAUCGAUCUGCCACUGCUAUUGCAGCAGAGUAUCAAGGUCGGCAAACCCGUACCUAAAAUAUCGGCUGAACAUGCCGGCUGUGCUACGAUUCUCGGCCGACGAACCUACAAUGAAGACCGCUACAGGGUCAAGGAGCUUACACCAGACCUCCUGUACUUCGCGGUGUUCGAUGGACAUGGUGGUUCAGCAUGCGCAGACUUCUGUGCUGAACAGAUGGAGGCACAUAUUAUGUACUGGGUUCAUAGAGGCCAGACAGACCUACAGGCACUACUCCAGUCAGCAUUCAUCGACACCAACAAUUCCUUUGCCAAAUAUGUCUCCUUUAAUUGGCCAGAUGGUGACGAGGCCUCAUCUGGAACAACUGCCACGGUGUGCCUUCUGAGAAGCAGCACAGAGUUGUAUGUAGCCCAUGUAGGUGACAGCCGUGCCCUGCUCUGCCGCAGUGGGGAGUCGCGCCGACUUACCACUGACCACACUGCUGGCCUGAAGCUGGAGGAGGACCGGUCAGGCAUUACGGAGAGGAGUGGGAAAAAAUACAAUAAAAACAAACAAGAACAGGAAACGUUACAGCAGGAGAGGAUCAAGAUGUCUGGCGGCAAGCUUAUCUCAGACAGCCAUGGACGGCAUCUUGUGAAUGGACGUCUGGCCAUGACCAGAAGCUUGGGUGACUUGGACCUCAAGCCAUUUGGUGUCAUUGCACUACCGGAUGUCAGAUCCAUUGAGGUUAAACAUGGCAAGGAUGCCUUUGUGAUCCUCACCACUGAUGGUGUGAAUUGUGCCAUGUCAGACCAGGAGAUUGUGGAUGCCAUCAACAGCUGCAGUUCACCAGCUGAGGCAGCAGGCUUCGUCACUGACCAGGCCAUGCAUUUUGCUUCUCAGGACAAUGCUACGGCGGUUGUCAUGCCCUGUGGUGCCUGGGGAAAGUAUCGCAAUAGUGGUGGUGUGGCGAACAGUUUUGGUCGGCAGCUGCAGUUUAGUCGGAGAUUUUAGCUGCUUACUUGUAAAGAAUAGCCCACCACUUUUGUGAUGAGCACACCUUUGAAGUGGAUUAUGAGUGUCCGAGUCACUAGAUUUCUUCAGUUAACAAACAAGCAGACAAAUAGGGCUGACCUUGAAGCUGUAAACAUAUUCUUAUUUUGAACCUCAAUUAGACUGACCAAAUCUUUUGCAUACGUUGUAGCAAAAAUAAGUGGACUAUGUGACAGCAUUUUUAUUGAAGAUGUGAGGAGCAACACAUGCCUUUGCUUUUGUUAGUGUGUAUUUAGGGAGAAAAUUGCUCUGUUGCCUUUUCGUUUUUCUGGCAGAAAAACAUAAACUAGCUUGAUAUGCUUUAAUAAUUGCACAGUGAGUAGCUGAUGGUUACCUAUACUAUUGUUUACUGUACAGCUUCUAUUUCAAAGUGCACGGUAAAAUUGAAAUGCUUCAGAACUUUCUUGUUGCAUAAAGAAGUUAGCUGUUCACCUUGUAUGGUAGUCAGUAUGAACAAUUACUUUUUUUCUUUCCUAGUGCCAGCUGACCUUUCUGUCUGUAAUUUAUUUUGCCUUCUGUUGCCUACAAGGCACCCAAACCUUAAGCACGAGCCUCAAAGAAUAUCCUGUAUUCAGCAGCCUGUCUUGCUUCAUUUUUUGCAAUUUCUGAAUUUGUAUACAGCAUUUUAUCAGUGGCCUCCUUGUCAUUUAGUGGUGGUACAUAGGCAUUCUGUAUAUCUUGGCUGUCAAAAAAUGGAAUAUCUUUACUGUCAGCAUCUCUACUUUCCAUGCAGUGCUUUAAAGGGACAUUAAAGGCAAAUGUUAAGUCAAGCUAAAGUGAUAAUACCUACUUUAAAAAAUUCCCAGGACACCUAAGCACUUCUUACCAGUUGUGAAUGCGAAACCAUUAAUGUCCAAUUGAACGCCUAAGCGGUUCUUCGAGUUUUACACUGUGAAUAGCAUACUGUAGCAGUACGUGCUGCCCGAGCCAACAAGCAGCAGCGGCGACCAAGACCAGUAGGCGCGGGCAGCAGCUAUACCCAGUAUGGAUGAGAGAGAGAGAGAGAGAGAGAGAGAUAUGGGUUGCGUGUUGGCUUCUGAGAGUGAGAGCAAGGGUGAUGUGGCAUCAUGGCGAUGCCCUCUCCCCUUACUCAACACCUGGCGCGCCAGCAAGUGUUCCCUUUUGCCCGCACUGCUCUUCGAGGUGCACCCGUGACAUGGUGUUGCAGCCAGUGGUAAUUUAAGUGCCAUUUCGCUGCUACAAAUGGCAGCUUUCUUGCUUGAUGGGCAAUUUGAUGCUUUCGCAUCAAAAGUCUAAAAUCGAGACCAGGGCUUUAGUGAGAUAUGUAUUAAGAUAAAUGUAGGACAGGAUUUGACUCUACCAGAAUGUUCAAGUACUACUCGUCUGAUCGUGCCUAAACUCAUCAUUAAAAUUGUGUCACUAGCACUCAACCAGUAAAUAAAAAGAUCAUUGCAUUGCAUUAUAAGAUGGAAGAAAUUGCUACUUGUCCACUAGCGUUUGGUGCGUUUUUUUUUUUCAUGUUCCUGUCCGUGUCAUUUUUUAAACGCUAGUGCAAUGUCCUCUUAUACGAAUAACCACCAACUAGCCCAGCUUUCUGCCUUAAAUACUUGUCCACUUCUGUUUGAUUCUUAGAAAAAGAAAACUCAUUGAUGUUACCUUUGAUAACGAUGCGGCGAGUGGUCAACAAGUUUUGUUUUCACUCGAAUCCGUGCAGCCAGCGCGUUCAUCUUUUGGGUGGUAGUUUCUGUAUUGCAUAGUGCUGUACUUGUUUGCUGGCUUGCAGAGCUCACACUAAAGAGGCAACCGCAUGCACGCGAUUAUCAAACAACGGUGACAAGCGACAUGACAGAUGGACCCUGUUGCACUCUCACAUAUUGCUGUAGGACGAAGAUGAAAAAAAAAACUAGCAACAUA